AGGAUUCUCGGAUGUCUUAUUAGAAGUGUGUUAGGAUGGUAUUAACACUUGACAGAAGAAAAUUUCCGAACUAAUGGAAAAUAUUUUUGUUGAGACUUUCCGUACAACAUAUAUUUCUAUAUGAUACCAAGGAGGUUUUUAUACAUACUGUGUCAAAUCUACAGGUUCCUUUUCAAACAUUGAUAUGAAUUUUAACGACCGAAUAUAGAAGUAACAUAGAAGUUGAAAAUGAGUGAACAAGUUCAACUGGUAGACAUUUUACAAACUGAGGACUGGAAUAAAUAUGAGCUUCAAAACAGAAAUAGUAUAGAAACUAAUGCGUUGAAUGAUAAACUUGUGGAAAUUCGUAACGCGAGUAAAAAAAGAGAUAAAGCAUUUUUAGCCCUGACCAUAAUGUUGUUGAUAUGUUUUUCAUUUGCAGUUACAGUCAUAAUCAUAUACUUGGAAGAAUAUAUAGAAAAGAGUUCGGAACUAGAAAAACAGAUUCAACAAUUGAAUAGUUCUGGUUUGGAAAGACAAUCUCAUUUGUCAAAUCAAUUUGGUACAUUUAGUAAUGACUAUGGGACUUUCCCUAAAGGUGAAAAAGGCUCUAGAGGAGAAAGCGGUUCUGUUGGUCAUAAAGGCACUGCCGGUGAUAGGGGACAGCAAGGUAAAAAAGGAGAAACUGGAGAGAAAGGUUCAGCUGGUAGUAUGGGACAACUCGGAGAUGUAGGUCCGAAAGGAGGAAAGGGACAAAAUGGUACAAGAGGAUCACAAGGAGAAAACGGCAUGAUAGGCGAAAAGGGACUAUUGGGGGAAAAGGGUGCAGUUGGUGCAAAAGGUUCGGCAGGCAAUAAAGGUACCAUUGGAGAUAAAGGUCCAAGUGGACAAAAAGGGAGAGUAGGAGAAAAAGGUGUACUGGGUGCAAAAGGUCAGAAUGGAAGCAAAGGAGUGGAUGGUGAAACGGGAAUGCCAGGGGAAAUGGGAAAGACUGGUCUAGUUGGACCUUCCGGAAUGAAAGGUUCAAUUGGAGAAAAAGGACCAACUGGCGAUAAAGGACAGAAGGGAGAAAUUGGAAUUGCUGGCCUAAAAGGUGAAAAUGGUGAAAGGGGCAUCAGAGGUGACAAAGGUUUAAUGGGAAAUAUGGGCCCUGUUGGCAACAAGGGACAAAUAGGAGCACGAGGACAAAAUGGUGAAAAAGGAAAUCCGGGAGAAUCAGGCAGGACAAUAACCUGUGGUUCCGGAUGGGUACAAUUUAUGAGAAGUUGUUAUUAUUUUCAAUUCAAAUCAAAGAUGACAUGGAAUGCGGCAAAAACUGAUUGUCAUAGAAAGGGCGGAUUCCUAGUAAAAAUUGACAAUACUGUUGAAAGUUGGUUCCUGAAAUCGUUUAUAAUUAUCGAUAAAAACCCAGGUCACGUGUGGAUUGGAGCUCAUGAUUCAGUACAAGAAUCACGUUUUAUAUGGGAAUCCGAUAAUACCGUGCUAACCUAUACCGACUGGAAUACGGGCGAACCUAAUAAUGCUGGUCAAGAAGACUGUGCACAUAUGAAUAGUGGCGCUAAAUAUAAGUGGAAUGACAUUCAAUGUUCACAUAAAUUUUCAUUUAUUUGUGAGAAACAUUAAAACCAACUGUGGUUUAAUUCUCAUGUUUUUUUUAUGUCUGUAAAAAUGAGAGUUAACUUUGCACAUAGUUAUUCCUUUUUAUUAAAUAUUGUUUUUCUACA